UUGAUGCCAGUGGGUAUAGAGCUCAUCCUUCAGCUGCAGCUCAUUAUGGGGGACAGUAUAGCUCUAUCUAUGGUUCAGCUGCUUUGAGCAGUGCACCUCAGGUUCCUCCAAUGAGUACUAAAGGUUCUGGACCAUCGGUUUUGGAAAGUCGUGGUGGUUAUGUCCCAGCUAAACCAGAAUCACCAAAGUUCUCAUCUAGUGACUAUAUCUCAUCUUCAAGUCACGGGUACGGUCAUAAAGUUGAUCAAUUGUAUGGUGAAAAGGCUCCUGAUUAUCCAGCGAUAGACAGAAGGCAAUUUGGUAAACGUCAGAGUGCGUAUAUGGGGAGGGACUUGCAAGGUGAACCAACUGGUCGAUAUGCCGAUUCUGUUGGUUUUGGUCCUCAACAUCAGUCCGAGAUUUAUGAUCGAAUUGAUAAGGCUGUGCUGCUUCGUCAAGAACAACUGCUGAAAUCGCAAUCACUGCAGUCUGCUUCUCUUGACGGGAGUGCAAGACAAGCUGAUUAUCUUGCAGCAAGGGGUGCCGCUAGUCGUCAUCCCACUCAAGAUCUUACUUCUUUUGGAGGAAGAAUGGAUGCGGAUCCUCGCAGUUUAUCUAUGCUUAGUGGUUCUUCAUAUGGGGGACAACCUGCUCCAUCAAUAUUAGGGGCAGCUCCACGGAGAAAUGACGAUCUCAUGUUUUCGCAAAGUUCCUCAAAUCCUGGUUAUGGAGUCAGCCUACCUCCUGGUAGGGACUAUGCCACAGGAAAAGGGAUUCGUGGCUCAUCUCUUGAGUCAGAUUAUCCAGGAAGCUUGUCUCAUGGUGGUCAUCCACGGAUUGAUGAACGGAAGGAUGACAGGGCUAGUUAUCUUCAAGAAUUUGAGCUAAGGGAGGAGGCGCGCCGUCGGGAGCGUUUGCGUGAGAGAGAGAGAGACAGAGAAAGGGAGAAGGAAUGGGAACGAGAACGAGAACGUGAACGAGAACGAGAACGAGAAAGAGAGCGUGAACGAGAACGCAUUUUGGAGCGGAGGGUGAAGGAGAGAGAUCGAGAGCGGAAACGUGCACUUGAAACCAGGCGGGAACGAACUCCACCAAGAGUUUCUAGGGAUCGUCGUGGUUCCUCUUUAGCAAAGGAGGGGAGAUCUUUGCGACAGGAUUCGCCACAUCACGAAGCUUUGCAUAGGCGUCAUUCACCUGUUAAAGAUAAAAGGAGAGAAUAUGUCUGCAAGGUUUACUCAACCAGGCUGAUGGAUGUAGAAAGGGAUUAUCUUUCUAUAGAUAAACGAUAUCCCAGACUCUUUAUACCCUCAGAGUUCUGUAAGGCCGUUGUGAACUGGCCUAGGGAGAACCUUCAACUGUCUAUUCAUACUCCUGUCAGUUUUGAGCAUGAUUUUGUUGAAGAAGAGAAUGCCACUGAGCUGAAAGAGCGAGCUACUGAAAUGUUGGUUGAAGAACCUGAAAAAUCAGGACGUGGAAAUAUAGUGUGGAACGCGAAGAUUAUCUUGAUGAGCGGACUUAGCAAAAAUGCUUUGGAAGAGCUGUCAUCUGAAAGAGGUUCCGAUGAUCGCUUAUCACAUAUCUGCAAUAUCCUUAGGUUUGCUGUUCUCAAAAAGGACCGUUCAUGCAUGGCAAUUGGUGGCCGGUGGAAUCCUGCUGAUGGUGGUGAUCCAUCAGUUGAUGAUAGCCCUUUAGUUCAAACUGCCCUAAGAUAUGGAAAGGAUGUUGCUAAACUUGAUCUGCAGAACUGCAAGCACUGGAAUCGUUUUCUUGAGAUACACUAUGAUAGAAUUGGGAAAGAUGGAGUCUUCAGCCAUAAAGAGGUGACUGUAAUAUUUGUCCCAGAUUUGUCUGAAUGUCUCCCUUCAUUGGAUUCAUGGCGAGACCAAUGGCUUGCUCACAAGAAAGCUGUUGCAGAAAGAGAGCGUCAACUUUCUUUGAAAAAGGAGAGAUCAAGGGAGAAGGAAGUUCUGAAAGAUAAGGAAAUGGAAUCAUCAAAACACAAAAGAGUUGACAAAGAAGAUAAAAAGAAAGAGUCUGCAUCCACUGGAGGGGCGAAAGAAGUUAAGAAACUGGAGCAAGAUGGUACUAAUAUGAAAGGGAAUGCAUCUGAAGGAAAAGGUGACGUGAAUGAUAAGAAGCUUGAGAAAAAAGAUGUGAGUGGAGGAGACAAAGGCAGGAUUGAGGACAAAAAGGAACAGGUAGAAACUGCUGAAGUUCAGACAACUGGAACUGUAAAGACCGGGAAGAAGAAGAUUAUAAAGAAGGUUGUCAGACAGAAGGUUGUGGGUAAGGUAGCCAGUGAUACUACAACUAAGCAACCUGACAAUCUGGGUGAUGGAGGGACAAAAGGAAAUUCAGAGACUCCAGGUCAAGAGGAGGAAUCUUCUGCUGAUCCUGCUGUAGUGAAAACUUUUGUGAGGAAAAAAGUUAUUAAAAAGGUUCCAGUGGAGAAGGCUGCUCAGAAUGAAGAUAAUGUUGGCACGAAGGAGAAAGUUGAGAAUGAAACUGGAUGCUCUGAGGAUAAAUCUGAUCCAAGCGGUAGUACAAAUACCAGUGUGAAGACAAUUGUAAAAAAGAAAAUCAUUAAGAGGGUGCCUAAACGGAAGGCGACUGGUGUUGAACUGAACGAAGGGGUUGCUAAGAGUAAGAAAGAUGGUGAUGGGGAUGAAAAAAAUGUUGGAGAUGAAACAGAAAGUGUGAGGAAGCAAACAGCAGAUGCAGAAAAGCCAGCAAGUGAUGUUGUGGAAACAGAAAAAAAAGUUAUUUCUAAACCAAAGGCUUCAAAAACACAAGUCAGUGACAAACAAACUGAUAUGGCGAAUUCAAGUAAAGCAGAUGCAAAGGAUGUUAAGGAGGAUGAGAAAGAUGAAAAGGGAGCUGGUGAGAAGAGUGGCUCUGUGACUAAAGUGGAGAUUGAGCCAGACACGCAAAAAAUUGCUCGUAAGGAUAACCAUAAUGGCAUGAAGAAAAAAUUGAAAGAUGAUGAGAAAGAGAAAAAAGACAGAGAUGGAAAAGAUGAGUCUAGAAGCAAAUCAAAUAAAGAACUGAAAGAAACAAGAAAGUCUGAAGAACCUCCUCGACACCCUGGAUUAAUUCUACAAACAAAGUGGAGCAAGGAUUCUAAACUGCGAUCAUCAUCACUUUCACUUGAUUUACUAUUAGAUUAUACUGACAAGGACAUUGAAGAAUCAACGUUUGAGCUUUCACUGUUUGCUGAAACGCUUUAUGAAAAGCUUCAGUAUCAGAUGGGAUGCCGUCUUUUGACAUUUCUCCAGAAGCUGCGAAUAAAAUUUGUGAUGAAAAGGAACCAACGUAAGAGGCAACGAGAAGUAGAAAAAGUUGAGAAAGGAAAUGAUGAAAAAUCACCAACGAAGCGUCCGAAGAUAAAUGAGCUCCCUGUGACGAACCAGCCUGCUAAGUCAUCUGAAGCAUUGAGUUCAUCUCUGCUAGAUGGCGAGAAAAAAGAUGAAGAAAAAACUGUUAUUGAGGAGAAUAGUUCUGUUGAUCAUGUUGAUGAGGUUAAGAUGGAGCAUAUAGCAGAUGAUGAAGAAGACCCAGAGGAGGAUCCAGAAGAAUAUGAAGAAAUGGAGGAUGCUAGUCCUCAUCCCUCCAAUGAGAAUAAUGAAGAGGGGAAAAGCAAUGUGAUUCCUGUGCCUGGAAAUGAGAAGGACGAACCCAAUGUUAAGGAACAAGCUAACACGAAGGCCGCAGAAACAAAGGCCAAGGCCGAAGCAGAUACAGGUGAAAGAAAAGAGGGGAAGGUGGAUACAGGAAAGAAAGAAACUCCCAGGGCAAAGGAGGUUGUUGACAAGGAACUAUUGCAGGCUUUUAGGUUCUUCGACAGGAAUCAAGUUGGCUACCUUAGGGUUGAAGAUAUGAGAUUGAUAAUCCACAAUUUGGGAAAAUUCCUUUCCCACAGGGAUGUCAAGGAACUUGUGCAGAGUGCAUUAUUAGAGAGCAACACCGGAAGGGAUGACCACAUUCUUUACAAGAAACUGGUGCGAAUGACUGACAUUUGAGAUCUGAAGCAUAUUUGUUUCCGAAUUAUUUUGUAUUUUGGAGUCAGGUUGAAUUUUUGCAUUUUCCUUUGAUGACCGUUAAAAGGAAAGGGAAAAUGAACUUAGAGAUAGGGUUUUGGAUGUUUACAAUUAAAUGAUUGCCUUUGUGUUUGCAUUUACCGCCUCUUUAUUGAUUGAAAUAAGAGCACUAUUACCAUUCUUAA